AUGGAAGAAAAUGAAUAUGUACGUAAUGGACUUGCUCGACAAAAGUUGGAGAAAACGGCUGAGUUAAAAACGGAAAAGAUUGUUCAAGUGUGCGGUCUAGACUUCUUCAUUCGACCUAAUGUGUUCGAUCCGGAUAUUUUUCCAUCAGCUCGUUUCAUUGCUCGACCUUGGGUGAAACUUAUUCAAGAAUUAAAACCUUAUCGUGUACUAGAAAUUGGGUCUGCGGCGGGCUACAAUGGUAUUCUAGCUGCCCUUAAUGGUGCACAUACUGUCGUUUGUACUGACAUUACUCGAGAAGCUGUCGACAAUACUGAAGCAAAUAUCAAACGAUAUAAUCUGGAAAACCGUAUGACAGUUUACCAUGGGGACGUUUUCAAUGCACUGAGUGGAAAAAACGAUAAGUUUGAUCUUAUAUUCUGGAAUUUUCCGUUCGGACACAUUAACAAGCCACCCGAAGAGCUCAGCAGUCUUGAACGGGCCAUUUUUGAUCCAGGAUAUGUAGCCGUGGAAAAGUAUAUGAAGGAGGCGCGUGAUUAUCUCGCACCCAAUGGUCAUGUCUUUCUCGGUUUCUCUCCAACCAUUGGAUAUUGGGAUGAACUAGUUGCGAUUGCCAGCAAAUAUUAUUGGAGUUUGAAGCCAUUUCGUCCACAUGAAACGCUUAUUGCCGAUAUCGACAAUAUUGAAGAAGUUGUUGCUGGUCAACGAUUUGAAAUUUUUCAACUAAUAGACAAUAAAUAUCCUUGA